GCCCUGGGCCGCCGCGCGCGAGCUCCGGGAUGGCCCUGUCCCCAGGGUUGGCUCCUGACCAGCCAGGCCCGGUCUCAACACGCCUUAUAUUUUCCCGAAACCUGACUGAGUGCCUUGUGGAAGGGCUCUGCCAGCUGUAACAGCUGGAUCCCUCUCCAGGGCGCGCCCUUCUGCCCCUGCUCCUUCCUUUUGCCUCCUCCGGAGCUCCUCCUGGUCCUUCCCCCUUAUUUUCGGACACUGUCUUUCCCUUGCAUGAUUGCUGAACCGCAUGUUGGCCCAAGCCGCCCGAUGAUUUCCAGAGGUUCCGAGAUGCCCAGCAUCCCAUUCCCGUGAGCUCUGCUGGGCUGUGCCCAGUUCCAGCAGUUAGGGACUUGGACGGGUUUUAUGCUCAGGAGCGGAUGUGUUACACAGGCUGUGCCUCCACAUUCCUAACAGCCCCCAACUUUUGCUGGGAGGGAAGGGGGUUUAGUGGGGAAACUUCAUGGAAGAAAUGUCACCCAAGGGUUGAAGAAAGCUAAAGUAGAAUUGGCUUAGAGAAAAGUCUCUGAGAACAGGUGAUUGGAACUCAGAAAAACAACGGCUGGAUAAAUGGGACUGUGAUCUGCGGUUCCCGGGCAGAUGGGAAUCCUGACCGAGGAAUAAGGAACAAAGAUGGGGACACAAGAUGAGUGUAUUCUAGAAUAGGCUGGCUGGGCUGGGCUGUGAUCCGAUGCACAGAACAACCCCGAUUCCUCUCUGGAUUUUGUGUAGUGAUGGUGUCAUGGAGCCCAGAGCCCGAGUCCAACAGAAGCAACAUCUAGAGAUGGUGUAGACUCACUGGAGUCUGGAUUCCAGUGAGUGGGAAAUCCUAGAGUGUCCCGCCCCAUCUGAGAAAAGACAUUAUUGGUCCAAUGUCUAACCAUGGGGAUGUGAGCCUCCCACCCCAAGACCGGGUGAGGAUUCUAUCCCAACUUGGGAGUGCAGUGGAAUUAAAUGAAGACAUUCCACCCCGACGCUACUACCGCUCUGGCGUUGAGAUCAUCCGCAUGGCAUCCAUUUACUCUGAAGAAGGCAACAUUGAGCAUGCCUUUAUCCUCUACAACAAGUACAUCACGCUUUUCAUUGAAAAACUUCCAAAACACCGAGACUACAAAUCAGCUACCAUUCCUGAGAAGAAAGAUGCAGUCAAGAAAUUAAAGAAUGUUGCUUUCCCCAAAGCAGAAGAACUUAAGAGCGAACUCUUGAAAAGAUACACCAAAGAAUAUGAGCAGUAUAAAGAACAAAAGAAAAAGGAAGAGGAGGAACUUGCCCGGAAUAUCGCCAUCCAGCAAGAGUUGGAAAAAGAAAGACAGAGAGUUGCUCAGCAGAAGCAGAAGCAGUUAGAGCAGGAGCAAUUCCAUGCCUUUGAGGAGAUGAUCCAGAAGCAGGAGCUGGAAAAAGAGCGGCUAAAAAUUGUCCAAGAGUUCCGGAAGGUGGACCCUGGCCCAAGUGGGCCUCUGCUACCUGAUCUGGAAAAGCCUUGUGUAGAUGUGGUCCCCACCUCACCCACGCAGACUUCAGACUGUAACAGAACCGUGAGGCCAGAUAAGCCACCCGUGGUAGACAGGUCCCUGAAGCCUGGAGCACUAAGCAUCAUAGAAAAUGUUCCCACCAUCGAAGGCCUGCGCCACAUUGUGGUGCCCCGCAAUUUGUGCCCGGAAUUUCUCCAGCUUGCCAGUGCCAAUACUGCCAAAGGCAUUGAAACUUGUGGAGUCCUCUGUGGAAAAUUGAUGAGAAAUGAAUUCACGAUCACACAUGUUCUCAUCCCCAGACAAAAUGGCGGGCCCGAUUAUUGCCAUACAGAGAAUGAAGAAGAAAUUUUCUUUAUGCAGGAUGAUCUUGGACUCCUCACGCUUGGCUGGAUCCAUACUCACCCAACCCAGACGGCCUUCCUGUCCAGUGUGGAUCUGCAUACCCACUGCUCUUAUCAAAUGAUGUUGCCAGAGUCUAUAGCAAUCGUCUGCUCCCCCAAGUUCCAGGAAACUGGAUUCUUUAAGUUAACUGAUUAUGGCCUCCAAGAGAUUUCCACCUGCCGGCAGAAAGGCUUUCACCCUCACGGCAGAGACCCCCCUCUGUUCUGCGACUGCAGUCACGUCACUGUCAAGGACAGGAUUGUGACCAUCACGGACCUUCGAUAAAUCUCAGUCACCAUCCACGGAGAUGGCUCCUUGGAUAAAGACACUUGCCUCCAAACCCAGCAGCCCAAGUUCAUUUCCUUGGACUUCAUACAUGAUGGAAGGAGAGCAACUUCCCCCAAGUUGUCCUUUGAUCUCAAUUGUGCACUGUGGUAUGUGCGCACGCACACACACACACAUACACACAUACACACACACACUAAAUAAAUAGAUGGAAUUUACAAAGUCUUACCCUCCUCCUGAGCUACAUGCCCUGAUCAGUUUACUAUUCUCACCCCCAUGGAAUUAAACUUUUAAGACAGAAUAGGAAAGGGUCAACACCAAUGGGAAACUGUUGGUCUUUUUUUAAUUUAUUAUUUGAAAAUAAGUCAUUUUAUUUUUUAAGGCAAAUCUGAAAAUGAGCAAAUCACACCAAACAACUAACUCAAAAAUUAGGAUGCGAGAGAAAGUACCUCUCUGCCCUCUUUAGACCCGAGCACUGGCCUUUGGGCCCUGUUGCGACUUACCUUCCAACUGGUUCAUCUCUACCUUUGGACUAAAUAAGGGCAUCUCUGCAAAACCGUGAAAGCCAUUUUGAAGGAUUUGGCUUUUUCUUGUUUGUGGCAUUACUGAGGGAGCUUAUCACUCUGGUGGGAAGUGCAUGAGGAGCUCACAGCCCCCAUAAGUUGAUUUUAUUUUUUAAAAAGAAGUUUAUUAUUUAAUUUAAAUGGUUAGGAUGUUAUUUUCUUCUGUAAUGAAACAGUUCACUGUGUUGUGCUCUAGAGUGAUCUGUCCGAUCACAGGCAUCAUGUAAACAUUCUAAAUGGAAUGUCUGAUGGCGGCCAAAUGGGAUGGUGUGUCCCGCAGUGAACUGUGUUGCCGUUCACUUGCAAUCAGUCAGUGUGGCCGGCCUGCCCAGUCUCCCUCCACGAUCAGGAAGUCGUCUCUUGUUCUGGUGUUGCCUCAAGUGGGUCUUCCCACUUUCUCCUUAAGCCUCAGCCAAGGCACUGAGCCUUACAGAGUCCCAGCCAACAGCGCAGUUGUCCAGUGCUCACCCUGCUAAGUCCACCGUGCUGGCUUUGUCUUCUUCGGAAAUGUCUAGGAUGGUGUGUGAGACCAUAGGUGACACCUCACUUUUCUUCAUGAACUGAGCUGGUGCUUAAAGGUCGCCUAGAAAUCUGUGACAUCAACAUGAGAGAAGAGCAAAUAUGUUGGAUAGUAAAGUUAAUUUUU